UAGAAAGAUAGAUAACGAAAUUGGAAGAGACUUGAUGGAAACUAAGAAAACUAAUGAAGAUCUGGUCAGAUACAUCCAAGAAGUGAAUAAGACAUUCAAGAGUAUCCUCUCCGAGAGUAAAGGAAGACAGCUUGAGCUGGAAGAGAUGCAAAGCAACUUGAAGCCAACUGGGGAUUUCAUCUCAGCAUUUCAGUUACUGGACGAAACGGAGAAAAGCAAUUACAAACGAAAGGAUGAGCUAAUGAAAGGGAAGGUGUUAGUAAAUCGAUAUAAGACCCACACUAAAAUAAUAACCAAGUUGGCAGAGAGGCGUAAGCGCAACUUGACUGUCAUAAGCGGAGCUUUGUCAUCAUGCGUAACACUGGAAGAAGAAGAGGUGGAAUUUUUGAACAGUCUCAAUGAAAAAAUGUUCACUUACAGUGGACCAACAGGAGCAUGGGGUAUAUGGUAGAAAAAAAGUUACAGAGGUUUGUCAGUGCAGUUCAGAGGGCAGUUGUCUUCUUAACGGGCAACAGCAGAAUGUUGAGGUCUUUGUUUGCGGAGAAGUUGCCGAUGUUGGGUGCUUCAGUUCAUGAUACUGUCAUUUCUCCAGUGAUGAGCAACAGCAUUAUGACGUAUUUGCUUGAAAAAAAGCAACAGAUUUUGGAUAUAGCAAGUCAUUCAAUAAGGAAUUACCAGGCAUGGCAAGGAUGAGGAAGAAUAUGCAAAGAGGAGAAUAAAUCUGAAGUCACUCAAAGAACAGAGCCAAUUGACAAAAGGGUCAAAAUAGUGCUGUAGUAUUCGCUAUACCAUAACUUGUGAGACGAGAACUAUUUGAUGUUCUGAGACUACUCAUCGAAUAACUGUUCACGAGUGCUAUAUGAUCAUUUAGGACUUAAUCAUGCCCUUUGCUCUUGAUUUUGAAUGUCAGUAACGUUUGCAGACUAAUUUGACCUAGUCUGUGCCACCCGUUGUGAAUAAAAGUAUUUGUUUUUCUUGUCUGUGGUGACUGAACAUGGGAAGGAAUCUUAUUGUAGCAAUUAUUUUUUAUCUGUUUAAAAUUUGGUUAACACGAACUUUAUGUAUUUUAGAAUAAAUGCUACUAUUAAAGAUUGUAUGAGUAA